CAUCAUAUCGAUUCUGCAGUUUUUAUUUGCAAUACAUUUUUUGAGCUUAUCAAAAUGUACACAAAAAUGCAGAAAUAAAAGUGAAAAAGUGUUGCUAAAGCGACAACAAACAAUGGAGAUACCCAUACAAGUGGCUGUGCGCAUUUAUCCCCACGCUGAGCUUCAAAUAAAGCCAGAGCCCAAAGCGAAAGACGAUGGCGACGCAGAAACAGACAAACCGCAGCCAUCGACUUCGCCCUCAUCUUCGCCCCCUCCUCCAGAAACGGCCGCAAUAGAUGCGAAUGGCAAUACAGAGAAAGACGCUGCUGAACUGCAUACAAAUGACACACCAGGUGACAGCAGUGGCUGCUGCGUGCAAGCCAUACCAAUAGCAGCAUCAGCUCUAGGUUUGCCUAGUGCUCUGCCUGGCGGUGCGCCAUUGGACAGCAUUGCAGCAGGUCUCAUACAGGUGGGCGCUCACACUGUCCCUGUCACACAUGCGUUGCCCAGCAGCAGCACCCAGAGUCAGGUCUACCAUCAGACAGUCUUUCCACUGAUCAGCCUAUUCCUCGAAGGAUUCGAUGCAUCCGUGGUUACGUACGGACAGCGUGAUACGGGCAAAACGUACACUCUCUAUGGACAUGGGUUUGAGUGCGUUUACGGAGAGGCGGAUCAGGGUGUUGUGCAGCGGUGUGUGCGUGAAAUCUUUACACACAUUGCAGCACAUGCAGAUCGCACCUAUGCUGUUAACGUUGGCUUUGUGGAGAUCUGCAAUGGCGAAAUACGUGAUCUGCUGGGCAUGGGCAAUGUGCACUGCACCACGGUGGAGGAAGUUUUCCACUGGCUGCAGUUGGGAUUGAGCAACAAGUUGCAGUCACCUGCUCACACGCUUUUCACCAUGACUCUGGAGCAGCAAUGGAUUUCGAAAGAGGGACUCAUCCAGCAUCGUCUGUCCACGGCCAGUUUCUCGGAUCUGAGCUCCAGCGAUCGUUGUGGUGAACCUCCACCGGGACAUCCACGCGACGCGGGACUCCAUAUGCUGGAGCAGGUGGUCAACACACUCACAGAUCCCAGCAUAAUGUACGGCGUCAAUGGCAACAUUCCCUACGGCCAGACAACGCUGACAACCUUACUAAAGGACUCCUUUGGAGGUCGUGCUCAAACUUUGGUGAUUCUGUGUGUGUCGCCGCUAGAGAAGCAUCUGACAGAGACCCUCGGCAACCUGCAGUUUGGAUUUAAGGUGCAGUGCGUGCGCAAUUAUGUCAUUAUGAACACGUUCUCCGAUGACAAUACUCCAAUAUCCCCGGAGGUACUGCCCCCUGAUCCGUCCGUGGUUGGUACAGCGGCAUUGAUGGCAGCAGUGAAUUCACCCAACGGCGACAAUUUUGGAUUGCAGUUUGCUGCCAGUCAAUGGUUUAAACUGGUGUCCAAUGCGGAGGGACUCUUUGGAAGAUUAAUGGGAUCGACCGCCAUCACGGAGAUUGAAAAGGAACAAAUCGAGGAGUGGCUGUUUUUGAAGCAGGAAUGCGAAGAAUGUCUGAGUUCCAGCGAAGCAUUGCGCAACCAGAAGCCCCUGGUGCCCAUCCAGGAGGCGGAGGAACCUGAGGAGUCCAUUAGCGAGCCGGAAACUUCCUGUCAGCAGAAUUCUGACAAUGAUACCGACAAUGAAUCGCAACGUCCAGAUCUCGACGAGAAACUUGAAAGUCUCAUGGACGAGUUUCGUGCCAAAACAGAUGCGUUAAUCAAAGCAAAGCAUGAGGAGUUUAUGCUUAAGCAUCCCAGAGCUGUUAUGCAAAGCCAGGACAAAGAUCGGGAACAGGCAACGCUUGAAACUCCGCCACAGGCUGAAAAGACUGACGAGCGCAAGGUUAGCGUUGGUGGUCGUCGUCGAAGCAUACAGCCGGGUGCCAGCUUGAGUACCGCUGAGCUGGCAAUGCUCAAUCGCGUUGCCUCACAGCAAACAACGGGAACUGAACUGGUACCGGAACUCGAUCCGCUGGAAAGCACAGCGGGCGUGGGCGAGGGACUGCGUCAGGCGUCAACUGCCGCCGGAGUCAGUGCGCCAAUCGAACAAGUGCAGAAGAAGAUGCGAAAGCUGCACGCUGAGAUUGAGGCACGCCAGCGACAGCUAAAGGAAAUCGAGCAGACCAUGCAACUUAAGCAGAAUAUUAUAAGUGAGCUGGUAAAGAAUCGAGAGACACGCAGUCAUGCCAAGCAGCGUUUCCACAAGAAGAAGGCCAAGCUGGAUGCGGAGUGCGAGAAGGCCAAGAAGCAUUUGGCCAAGGCAUUGGUGCAGGGCAAAGAAAAGGCGGAGAUCGAACGCUGGAGUGCCAUAGUGGCGCACAUUGAGCAGCGGCUCGAGGAUCUCAGCUCCAUGAAGCACAUUGCUGGUGAAAGCGGGCAGAAGCUCAAGAAACUGCAGCAAUCUGUUGCCGAGUCCCGGAAACAAAUCGAGGAGGUGCAGAAGAAGCUUAAGAAGGAGUGCAAAUUGCGGGAUCAACUGGAAGCCGAACUCAAGACUCUGAAGGAGGCAUCACUAGUCAAGCUGGAACCACAUCCGGAGCAGCUAAAGGCGGUGCAGGCUCGCAUUACCCACUUGGAUCACAUACUGCGCGAGAAGUCGGAAAAUCUUGAACAGUUUGACGGCGGUGAACAGUCUCCGGCUCAGCAGGAGGGACUGCGCCAUGAGAUACGCAAUCUACGCCGCACACGUGACCACCUGCUGGAACAGCGCUGCACCCUGGAUCGCAAACUGAAGCGAGACAAGAUGCUAACGCAACGCGAGGAGCGAAAGCUGCUGGAGUGCGAUGAGGCCAUCAUGGCCAUUGACGAGGCAAUCGAGUUCAAGAACGAGCUAAUCUGCGGCCACAAAUCCAUUGAUUUGUCCAGUGAGCGACUGCAGCGGGAGAAGGGCGAGCAAAUGCUGAUGGCGCGUCUAAAUAAGCUAUCAUCCGAGGAGAUGCGCACACUGCUGUACAAGUACUUUGUCAAGGUAAUUGAUCUGAGAGACUCCUCUCGUAAACUGGAGCAGCAACUGGUGCUGCUGGAGCGGGAACGUGAUGCCUGGGAAUGGAAGGAACGUGUCCUCUCCAACGCAGUGCGUCAGGCUCGACUGGAAGGUGAACGGAAUGCGGUUUUAUUACAGCGUCAGCAUGAGACGAAGCUAACUCUAAUGUUGCGCCACUUGGCUGAGGAGACCUCGGCCAGUUCAGCCAGCUAUGGAGAACGUGCAUUGGCCCCAGCUCAGGCUCGGGCCCAGGCCAGCAGCGACUUUGACUAUGAUCUGGACUUUUACAAGACGGCCGGCAACAAAGUAAUGCUCAAAGCGCCACAGACCAAGCCCACGCCCGCCGUCUUGGACAAGUACAAGGAUAAGGAGCGCAGUGGAGGUCGCAAUAUCUUUGCCAAGUUCCAGGUGCUCACACGAUAUGCAUCUGCAGCUGCUGCUGCAGCGGGCUCAUCCUCCACCGCCGACGAGUCGACGGCGUUAAUUGAGACGACAACAACUGCAGCAACAACAACAACAACAACUACGACAACGGCAACUACAAGCACGGCAGCAGCAGUUGGCAGAGGAAAAGAUAAAGCUGGCCAACUGGUCAGCAUCAAUCAGGAUCAACUGAAGCGUCUAAUGCCGGCACCGACAACUACAAAAGUCACGCGACAAAAGAAUAAAAUUAUCAUACAAGAUGCCACGCGCAAAAACUAAAAAACUAAAAACUACCCACGAAUUUAAAGUCAAAUUAACCUGUCUCAAUACGAAAAUGAUUCCAGAUUAAUGGCAAUCGUUAUAUUCUCAAAAUGUGUUCCCCCUGUCACUAUGCUAUAACCGUAAUACUCGUAACUGUACUACAAACGGUAAAAAAACUCGUCCAUAGUCACAUUUCAAUAGACUUACCAAGGUUUUCAUGUAGCCAGCUUUUCAGAUCCUCAACUGGAGCAUUUAAAUCCCUCGACUGGCAACUAACUGUAAAGACUUGACAAUUGUUACUUAAAAUACUCGCAACUCAUAGAUCCAAAAAUAAUAACGCAAUUAACUUGCUCGCGCUCAAACUUUUAAGUUAGAUGAGUUAAAAUAUUUGGAAACUCUUGUUUUAUGUAUUGUACAUACAUAAUAAAUAUAUAUAUGUGUAUAUUAAUUUUAGUUGUAAGUCCCAGCUUGUGCUAUUUAUUUGUUUACAAAUUUUACAUAUGUUUUUAAGAUUUUAUUAUUAUUAUGUCUUCCCACAAUUUGACCAACUGAUUUUACAAGUAACGCACUCAAAUAUGUUAAUUUUAAGUACUUAUCAAUGCAUUUUAGAUAAAAUCCAUGUGUUAAAUCAUUAAAUUUUAUAAUUACGAUUUAUCUUUAUGAAACAAACUUUUAGGUUGUGUUGGAUUUUGUUUACAUGUUUCCCGCUUCAAAGCAUAAUAUGAUUUAUAUAAAAAUUACUCAAAGUCGAAUGAAUAUAUAUAUAUAUAUAAAUAUAAUUGAUAUGUGUAGUAUCUUCGCGUAGAAUUCAUAUUCCGAAUAAAAGUAUUUUAACGGUAA